AUGGAUGGCAUGACUAUGGUUCGCUCGGGCGAUGAGCCAUUUAUGCAAUUUGAUAAGCUGAAAUUACGGAAUUAUUUUCCGCAUGAAAUCGAGAAGCUCAGCGUUUUACGGGUAACACAAACAAGGAGUUUUGAUGAGGUUGGACAUGCUAUUCGAGGAGGACUUUACGAUCCUGUACUGGGUCCAGUGGAACCAAGAGAU